UUGUUUACAAUUUAGAGAAUAUAAACCAAAAUGGCUGCGCCCAUUUGACAUGCUGUUUUGUACUUACAAUUUUUAAUAAAAAACUGAAAUUAUAAAAAAAAAUAUAAUAGCAAAGUAGCUACCUUGUUAGAUAUGGCGAAGACUAAACGCGUAAAGAAGUCCAGUGGACAAAGACUUACAUUUGGCUCAGACGAAAACCGCAAGAAAGAUGGUGUUAAAAAUAACAUCCGUAAAAUUAAAACUGACAAGCCACAAUUUCAUGCAAAGAGUACGUCACGUCAUACAAGCCAGAAGCAUAAUAAAAAGAAGUUCGUGGCGAAAAAUAAAAAGAAGGAUGAAACAGAAGAAAUGUCAGAUUUUGAAGAAGUAACAGAGAAAAAUCAACUGAAACCCGAGUCACAUCAAAAAGAUGAUGAGCCUGACAGUGAUACAGAGCAGACAGAUGUCAGAGCCUUGGUCAAGCAGCAGAACAGAAAGAAUAAAAAGUCUGGUGGUUUUCAAUCGAUGGGCCUCUCUCGCAAUGUCUACAUAGGAAUUACUAGAAAAGGUUAUAAGAUUCCCACACCAAUCCAGAGAAAGACGAUCCCCCUGAUUAUGGAAGGCAAGGACGUGGUUGCCAUGGCGAGGACAGGAAGUGGCAAGACCGCUGCCUUCCUGGUUCCAAUGUUUGAGAAGUUACAGACCCACAGCGCCCAGGCUGGGGCACGCGCCCUCAUCAUGUCUCCAACCAGAGAACUCGCUGUUCAGACACUCAAGUUUGCUAAAGAGCUGGGCAAGUACACAGGACUCCGUGCAGCCGUGGUGUUGGGUGGUGACAGGAUGGAGGACCAGUUUGCAGCGUUACAUGCCAAUCCUGAUAUUAUCAUAGCAACACCAGGUCGCUUCAUGCAUGUGGUUGUGGAGAUGGACCUGAAACUGAAGUCCAUACAGUAUGUGGUGUUUGAUGAGGCGGACAGGUUGUUUGAGAUGGGUUUCCAAGAGCAACUGAACGAGGUGCUCAACCGUCUGCCAGAGUCUCGACAGACGCUGCUGUUCUCUGCCACUCUUCCCAAGCUCCUCGUGGAGUUCGCCAAGGCAGGUCUUCACGACCCGACCCUGAUACGGCUCGACGUUGAAACCAAACUGAGCGACCAGUUAAAGUUAUCGUUCCUGCAGUGCCGACUGGAUGACAAGUUGGCGGUGUUGCUGCACCUCCUUCAGCAUGUGAUACCAGUGACCGAGCAGACUGUGGUGUUUGCAGCCACCAAGCAUCACGUGGAGUACCUAAGUCUGAUCUUACAAAAGGCAAACAUUUCGUGCACCUACAUCUACAGCUCCCUGGACCCAACGGCCCGUAAAAUCAGCAUAGCCAAGUUCCAGCACCAUAAAGUGCGUGUCUUGAUAGUCACUGACCUGGCCGCGAGAGGGAUCGAUAUUCCCCUCCUAGACAACGUGAUAAAUUAUAACUUUCCUGGGAAACCAAAGCUGUUUGUACACAGAGUUGGUCGUGUGGCGCGCGCUGGCAGGAAGGGUGUGGCAUACUCCCUUGUCUCUCCUGAUGAAAUAGCCCACGUGUAUGACCUCCAUGUCUUUCUUGGUAGAAGUAUAAAGUAUGUGCCUGUAGGAACACAUGUUGAAGAUGCUGACGGUCUGUAUGGACGUGUGCCCCAGGUGGUUAUUGAUGAGGCAGCUGAGACCCUCCGUGCCUGGCAUGCCGAGGUGUACGACAUCGGCGCCCUGGUAAAGGUGUGCAGCAACGCCUACGAGCGCUACAUACGGUCCAGACCCCAGCCCGCCCCAGAGUCAGUGAAGCGUUUCAAGGAGCGAGAGUCUCUCGGGCAACCAAUAGGCAUGCAUCCACUUUAUGGUGUUGAAGAGGACAAUCUGGAAGGAGAAAGAAUGAAGCUGCUGGAUGCUCUCAAGUCCUACAAGUCCAGUGCAACAAUCUUUGAGAUUAAUUCGACCGCAAAAAAUGCAAGUUUUGGUGUCAUGAAGAAAAAGCGUGACUUUCAUGGCCGAGUCGUUGAGAGCAGGCAACGUCAGCUUGAUGAAUACCAGUCUGCAAACACUGAAGAUCAGUCCGGUAACCUGGCAACCAGUCAACCAUCAGCUGACGACCAUGAUUUGCAGAAUGCAUUCAGCGUAGUGAUUGGCGGGAAGAAAAAAGGAUCUGACCAAGCAGAGAAGACGUUACAAACCAGCUCCAAUUUAGACAGGAAGUCCAAAAAGAGAAAGGUUGCUAAGCAACCAGUGAGGGAUGAAGAGAACUACAUUUCUUACAGACCCUCUGACUAUCAGAGUGAACAAGGGUUACGAUUGGGCAGUAGUUUUGACCGUGAGGCCUCAAGUGUUUUACUGGAAGUUGUUGGAGACGAGGAGGGUGCAGUCAGAAAACAACAGAACACAAUGAGAUGGGACCGCAAGAAAAAGAAGUUUGUCAGGGAUUCUGGAGACGAUCCAAAAAGGAAGAAAAUACGCACAGAAAGUGGGGCCCUAAUAUCUGCCUCCUACAAGUCCAAUGUCUAUAAAGACUGGGUACAGAAGUCUCGGCUGGACACUACCGUUGUCAGGGACGAUGAAGAUGAGGAAGACGAUGGUGGCCCGAGUCCAGUCAAGCGAUCAAAGAACAGGCUGACCAUACUGGGCGGUGGUCAUUUCAGGAGACGGCACACAAUGGGCUCAGAUACUCAGAAAAACAGUCGAGACAAGUUCAAGAAUGGCUCAGGGUUCAAGAAUGGCUCAGGGUUAAAAAGACCCGAGCAGAUCGUGAAAGCACGGAAACAGAAAAUGAAGAAACAAGCGUUCCAGAAACAGAGGCAGAAUAAACAUAAGGGAAAGCAGAGGAAGUAGUGAUGAAGUGAUAAUGGACAUGGUCAUUGAUUUCUGUGUCAGGAAUAAAUUAUGAAUUUAUAAUGAACAUGGUCAUAGAUAAACAUAAGGAAAGCAGAAGUAGUAAUUAAGUGACAAUGGGCAUGGUCAUAGAUUUCUGUGAGAAGAAGAAUUAAUGAAAUUAUAAUGAACAUGGUCAUAGAUAAACAUAAGGAAAGCAGAAGUAGUAAUUAAGUGACAAUGGGCAUAGUCAUAGAUUUCUGUGAGUGGAAGAAUUAAUGAAGUGAUGAUGGACAUGGUCAUAGAUUUCUGCAAUUUCCCUAUAUUUUGUAUUAAUUUGUAAAAGAUUAAGUUAAUAUUAUAUUGGUAUGUGCAACUGAAGUUGGAUUCUUUCUUCUGUCAAUGUUUUGUUUUAAGGUAUGAAUAAGUUGAAGCAAAUGAGGGAGUCAACAGUCAAGGAGUUUACUGUGUUAUGGAAACAUUCAUCAAUAUCAAUUUUUGCCUUGAUUUAAUUCAUUGGCAUUAACUUUGAAAUAUCAUGUGAUGUGUGUGAUGAUGUAGCCAACUUGUUGUUGCUUAAGUGACUGCUUGUAUCAAAAUCAAGGCAUCUUUUGAUGAGAGUACUAGAUAUGGUCUUAUGCAUGACACCAUGCAUCAUAAAUAAACAUGUUUACUGUUAAAACGUUUUUAUUUUGUGUUUUUUCAUGAACAUCUUUGUAAUACAUGUAUAUCUUA